GGAUCGCUCUGCCGCGGCUCUGACAUCCACAUGCUGCUCGGCCUGAAAAGGCGAGGGGGGAGCCGGAGGGGAGGCAGAGGAGGCGAGCAAGGCACCAGCCUGCAGCCCGCCCCCGGCACAUCCUCUGAAGCACAGACACUCGGCCGGGCGCUGGGCGAGGUGGAGGUGAGGGCGGGCGCCAGCGAACUCGGAGAGCCGCUCGCACACUCGCGGGCGAUCCCAGCCGCCGCACCCGCAGCAACACCAGCAGCACCGGCCGCAGCAGCUUCCUGCCUCGCACUCCCCUCCAGAGACUGGCCAAGCGGGUGUAACCGCCGGGGGAGGCUCCAGCUUAGGGGAACCCAGAAAGGACAAGAGCCGGACGUCUGACUGCUUACCACUCCGCCUGUCCAGCGGUCGGUGCCUCUGCCCGCGUGUGUGUCCCGGGUGCCGGGGGACCUGUGUCAGUUAGCGCUUCUGAGAUCACACAGCUGCCUAGGGGCCGUGUGAUGCCCAGGGCAAUUCUUGGCUUUGAUUUUUAUUAUUAUUACUAUUAUUUUGCGUUCAGCUUUCGGGAAACCCUCGUGAUGUUGUAGGAUAAAGGAAAUGACACUUUGAGGAACUGGAGAGAACAUACACGCGUUUGGGUUUGAAGAGGAAACCGGUCUCCGCUUCCUUAGCUUGCUCCCUCUUUGCUGAUUUCAAGAGCUAUCUCCUAGUGAGGUGGAGAUAUUCCAGCAAGAAUAAAGGUGAAGACAGACUGACUGCCAGGACCCAGGAGGAAAACGUUGAUCGUUAGAGACCUUUGCAGAAGACACCACCAGGAAGAAAAUUAGAGAGGAAAAACACAAAGACAUAAUUAUAGGAGAUCCCACAAACCUAGCCCCGGAGAGAGCCUCUCUGUCAAAAAUGGAUAUGUUUCCUCUUACCUGGGUUUUCUUAGCUCUGUACUUUUCAGGACACGAAGUGAGAAGCCAGCAAGAUCCACCCUGCGGAGGUCGGCUGAAUUCCAAAGAUGCUGGCUACAUCACUUCCCCAGGCUACCCCCAGGACUAUCCCUCCCACCAGAACUGUGAGUGGAUUGUCUACGCCCCCGAACCCAACCAGAAGAUUGUUCUCAACUUCAACCCUCACUUUGAAAUCGAGAAACACGACUGCAAGUAUGACUUCAUUGAGAUUCGGGAUGGGGACAGUGAGUCAGCUGACCUCCUGGGCAAGCACUGUGGGAACAUCGCCCCGCCCACCAUCAUCUCCUCAGGCUCCGUGUUAUACAUCAAGUUCACCUCAGACUACGCCCGGCAGGGGGCAGGUUUCUCUCUACGCUAUGAGAUCUUCAAAACAGGCUCUGAAGAUUGUUCCAAGAACUUUACAAGCCCCAAUGGGACCAUUGAAUCUCCAGGGUUUCCAGAGAAGUAUCCACACAAUCUGGACUGUACCUUCACCAUCCUGGCCAAACCCAGGAUGGAGAUCAUCCUACAGUUCCUGACCUUUGACCUGGAGCAUGACCCUCUACAAGUGGGGGAAGGAGACUGUAAAUAUGACUGGCUGGACAUCUGGGAUGGCAUUCCACAUGUUGGACCUCUGAUUGGCAAGUACUGUGGGACGAAAACACCCUCCAAACUCCGCUCGUCCACGGGGAUCCUCUCCUUGACCUUUCACACGGACAUGGCAGUGGCCAAGGAUGGCUUCUCCGCACGUUACUAUUUGAUCCACCAGGAGCCACCUGAGAAUUUUCAGUGCAAUGUCCCUUUGGGAAUGGAGUCUGGCCGGAUUGCUAAUGAACAGAUCAGUGCCUCCUCCACCUUCUCUGAUGGGAGGUGGACUCCUCAACAGAGCCGGCUCCAUGGUGAUGACAAUGGCUGGACACCCAAUUUGGAUUCCAACAAGGAGUAUCUCCAGGUGGACCUGCGCUUCCUAACCAUGCUCACAGCCAUUGCAACACAGGGAGCCAUUUCCAGGGAAACCCAGAAAGGCUACUACGUCAAAUCGUACAAGCUGGAAGUCAGCACAAAUGGUGAAGAUUGGAUGGUCUACCGGCAUGGCAAAAACCACAAGAUAUUCCAAGCGAACAAUGAUGCGACCGAGGUGGUGCUAAACAAGCUCCACAUGCCACUGCUGACUCGGUUCAUCAGGAUCCGCCCGCAGACGUGGCAUUUGGGCAUUGCCCUUCGCCUGGAGCUCUUUGGCUGCCGGGUCACAGAUGCACCCUGCUCCAACAUGCUGGGGAUGCUCUCGGGCCUCAUUGCUGAUACCCAGAUCUCUGCCUCCUCCACCCGAGAGUACCUCUGGAGCCCCAGUGCUGCCCGCCUGGUUAGUAGCCGCUCUGGCUGGUUUCCUCGGAACCCUCAAGCCCAGCCAGGUGAAGAAUGGCUUCAGGUAGACCUGGGGACACCCAAGACAGUGAAAGGGGUCAUCAUCCAGGGAGCCCGAGGAGGAGACAGCAUCACUGCCGUGGAAGCCAGGGCGUUUGUACGCAAGUUCAAAGUCUCCUACAGCCUAAAUGGCAAGGACUGGGAAUAUAUCCAGGACCCCAGGACUCAGCAGACAAAGCUGUUUGAAGGGAACAUGCACUAUGACACCCCUGACAUCCGAAGGUUCGAUCCUGUUCCAGCGCAGUAUGUGCGGGUGUACCCAGAGAGGUGGUCGCCAGCAGGCAUCGGGAUGAGGCUGGAGGUGCUGGGCUGUGACUGGACAGACUCAAAGCCCACAGUGGAGACGCUGGGACCCACCGUGAAGAGUGAAGAGACUACCACCCCAUAUCCCAUGGAUGAGGAUGCCACCGAGUGUGGGGAAAACUGCAGCUUUGAGGAUGACAAAGAUUUGCAACUUCCUUCAGGAUUCAACUGCAACUUUGAUUUUCCGGAAGAGACCUGUGGUUGGGUGUACGACCAUGCCAAGUGGCUCCGGAGCACGUGGAUCAGCAGCGCUAACCCCAAUGACAGAACAUUUCCAGAUGACAAGAACUUCUUGAAACUGCAGAGUGAUGGCCGACGAGAGGGCCAGUACGGGCGGCUCAUCAGCCCACCGGUGCACCUGCCCCGAAGCCCUGUGUGCAUGGAGUUCCAGUACCAAGCCAUGGGCGGCCACGGGGUGGCACUGCAGGUGGUUCGGGAAGCCAGCCAGGAAAGCAAACUCCUUUGGGUCAUCCGUGAGGACCAGGGCAGCGAGUGGAAGCACGGGCGCAUUAUCCUGCCCAGCUAUGACAUGGAGUAUCAGAUCGUGUUCGAGGGAGUGAUAGGGAAGGGACGAUCGGGAGAGAUUUCCAUCGAUGACAUUCGGAUAAGCACUGAUGUCCCACUGGAGAACUGCAUGGAACCCAUAUCAGCUUUUGCAGGUGAGGAUUUUAAAGUGGACAUCCCAGAAACCCAUGGGGGAGAGGGCUAUGAAGAUGAGAUUGAUGAUGAAUAUGAAGGAGAUUGGAGCAACUCUUCUUCCUCUACCUCAGGGGCUGGUGACCCCUCAUCUGGCAAAGAAAAGAGCUGGCUGUACACCCUAGAUCCCAUUCUGAUCACCAUCAUCGCCAUGAGCUCGCUGGGGGUCCUGCUGGGGGCCACCUGUGCGGGCCUCCUCCUUUACUGCACCUGCUCCUAUUCGGGUCUGAGUUCGAGGAGCUGCACCACACUGGAGAACUACAACUUUGAGCUCUACGAUGGCCUCAAGCACAAGGUCAAGAUCAAUCAUCAGAAGUGCUGCUCGGAGGCAUGACCGAUUGUGUCUGGAUCGCUUCUGGCGUUUCAUUCCAGUGAGAGGGGCUAGCGAAGAUUACAGUUUUGUUUUGUUUUGUUUUGUUUUCCCUUUGGAAACUGAAUGCCAUAAUCUGGAUCAAAGUGUUCCAGAAUACUGAAGGUAUGGACAGGACAGACAGGCCAGUCUAGGGAGAAAGGGAGAUGCAGCUGUGAAGGGGAUCGUUGCCCACCAGGACUGUGGUGGCCAAGUGAAUGCAGGAACCGGGCCCGUGUUCUCUGCAGGGACACAGACAGGAGCGCAUCUCUUCGGAGUCACAGUUCUGUUUCCUUUGUGGGUUUGUUAUGAUUAUGAUUGCUAUUGUUAUAUUUUAUUUUAUUUUUGUCUGUGAGCAACUCAAAGAGGCAGAAGAGGAUGGCUUAUCCGGGGCAGAAAGUGGAGAGGUCAGUCCUGUUCUCCACAUCUCUUUCUAGUCAACACUUGAAAAGCAAAGGGGCUUUUCAGCCCUUCCAUCCUGAGAAAUGGAACCUAAGAAACAAAAGCCACCCAGCUUAGCUCACCCUCAGAUGGUCUCCCAACUCAAGAGACUUGCUGGGGUGUGUUCGGGUUCUGCCAGCCAACCCUAGGAGCUGCCGUUUCCGGUCCUAGCAUAUUGAAGUAGGAUGUUAUUGCCUUUAGCUUUUUUUAAUCCAGGGGAAGAUUGCCAUUUUAGGGUCAGCUUGAACAAUUCUUUCUUAUAUAAGAUUUAAAGUAAAACAUAACAGAAACUUCAUACACCAGAACCCAUAGACACACCUCUAUGGUUAGACACAGACAAGCCUUAAAAUGCUUUGAUGACUGGGUGCCAUUCCUUAAUCUAGACCCAGAGUUUGUGGCUGUGGGAUGUCCCUUGUAGGGUCUCAGCUGGUGGCUUUGCCUUUUCUUUUCCCUCCUAUUUGUUCUUCUACAGCGUAUACAUAUAUUCACAUGCACACAGCAUGCUCAUAUGCAGCUCAUGUGCACACACACACACACAUACUUGGGGGGGGGGGAGGAAGUGGGAGAUUUUGCAGUCUCUAUUCUUUAGUCUCAGAGCAGAGAGAAAGAAUAACAAAGGAAGAGAGAGAAACGCAGCCUGUAUUGGGAAGAAUGACCAGUGUGGACAGAGACAUUUUGUUGAAUGAGUCUCCUUGAUAGGUUAAGAACAUUGAUUUCUUGUGGGAGGCUACAUCCUUAUAGGGAUAUAAGUGCAAAGACAUGCACUUCUACCUACAAGUCAGCAAGUUCUAUGGAUGGAGAAGCUUACACACAGCUUCAACCUCAGGAGACCUGAGUUCUUAUUCAUACACAUAUGUGCCAUGUACGUACACACACACACACACACACACACACACACACACACACACACACAGCAGUUCAUGUGUUUUUUAUUAAGUGCCUUGAAAAACAAUGAAGAAAAAUGUCCUUUCCUCUAGGUAGAAAUCACCACUGUCUCACAAGUUAAGGCUCCUCCUGCUUCUCCUGCCCCAGUGACUCCAUUCCCAGCCCCCCUACCCACGGCUGAGCCACAGUGGACUGAGUCUGGCUACCCGGGGAAAAAAAUCAGAGCCCUAGAUGACUCCAGAAAGGGAGGCAUCAGGAAGAUAAUGAAAUUGUGUGAAGGAUAAGAUUGUCCUCAUCAAGAUCCAAAUCUUGACUUUCUGUUAAUGCCUAAAGAUUGUCUGUGCCCUAGAAAUACAGUCUAAGCCCCACCAGUAUGUCCAGACUGUUGCAUAUCAGUGGUAAACUGUCUGACCGUUUUUUUUGCUGCUGUGAUCACCCACAAUUUCAUUUGUCUUGCACCCAGGCAAAAGGGGGAGGGUGGACGGGACUGGCUGUGGUCCCUUUAAAUGUUAACUUAUGAAAACCCUAGUUCAGAUGGUAAUGUCGCAGUGUUUUGUAUGAAGAGGGGGAACAGUCAUGCCGACAUCUAUUUAUUCCCGCGUGUGUGUGUGUGUGUGUGUGUGUGUGUGUGUGUGUGUGUGUGUGUGUGUGUGUUUGUGUGUGUGUGUGUGUGUGUGUGUGUGUGUGUGUGUGUCGCACCCUUGAGUUCUCUGUAUCUACUGUGUAUGUGAGUGGUAACGUGGGACUCAGUGCUGGUGUUGUGAUUUUUGACCUAGAGCCUGGGUGUUACUGCUGAUCUUGGCACUCGUUGGCACAGUGGUAGAGGUGAAAAGUUCAUUUGUCUAGCCCAGGGGGGCAUAGCGUUAGGAGCCCUCUGAGCUGGGCGUGCAGUAGAAGAAAGUUGGUAUUUAGCUCACCCUCUUCUUCACCCUCCCAUGCAGCUAGGAUUCAGAAAGCUGGGGGUUUCUAAGGAGGAGAGAAGUGCCCACUCCGGGGGUCCUGCCCUCACAUGCCCAGUGGACCAUUUACCAUAAUCCACCCCCCCCCAAGACCAGCCCUGUCUAAAGUUAUGUGCAACUCAACCUGCAUUCCUCUACAAGUCCUGCAUCCACUUCACUUUGGCUGAUUUGAGGCUCUGGGUGAGUCCUGAGGGCCGAAAAGAAGCAGGGUCCCCGGGGCUACAUGUAGAUACCUCACCAAGGCUGGAGGCUGGUCUGUUGUAAGAUGUAAAGAAAGACAGCUGAGUCUGAUUCUAACUUAGCCAGAGGACACCUUGACGAAUCUGUUAUCUCUAUCUGCAGGUAAGCUAGCCAGCCUGUCUCCUUGAAUUGUUCCCUUUGGGAAAUCUAAUUCACAGUAUUGAUCUCCUUUUUUGCCUUGUACUGAAUGACACAUUACCUCCACGCUCUCCCGGACUAACUGGUCCACAGGGCCACAGGGUUGCUUGCUCUCUCUUGCAGGAAUGGGGAGUCGACAGGGAUGAGGGUCCAAGGAAUGAGCAUGAAUGACAAGAAAACAAGGGGAACAUUAAGCUUUUCCAGGGUGUGCGGUUAAAGGUAUUUGACCAUUCACUGGCUGAGCCAGAUCACGGGAACUCGAGAGCUUUUACUGUGAUUCUUCAAUGUAAAAAAUAAAACAAUGUCAGACUGUGUUUAUAUGAUUUGUAUAAAGCCUUUUUAAGAUUACUAUUUAAAUAAACAUUAUACCAGAACUA